AUGCACGGCACCUCUUCAGUCGGAAACUCUGCAGUCUACGAGGCUGGCGACCAGCGCAACCUCAAGAACUCAGAGAUCCCAGCCCCAGAGCGUUAUGAGGAGGGCAAGGAGAACUCUCACAUCACCACAGAUUCCAAGGAUCAACGAUCCAUCGCCAACCGCCUGGCUGCUGAGGAGAAGAAGGGCGAGCCAGAAGAUGACAGGGAGACUGCUCUGUCCAAGAAGGAUGCUACCCUGCCAGCCAAGAUGCACGGCAACGAGCCAUCCAAGGGCGCCAAGAUUGAUGAGGAGCUGAGGCAAGAGGAGGAGGCCAUCCUGGAAAAGAAGGGC